AUGUCAGAAAAACCCAAGACAUUUGCUUUCCAGAGUUUAGAGAGGAAGCCGACAAACAGGAGGGAAGAGCCCGAAGCACAGGGGACUGAGCUAAACCUGCACUAUGUCCUCUUCCUCGGCGCUGCCUGCGGAGGUGGCGGCCAUCUCCUGCUCGGCACCACGGCUGCCCUCAGACCCCUCGUGAAACCCAAGAGGACCAAGGAGUUCAUCCGGCACCAGUCAGACCGGUAUGUCAAAAUUAAGCGGAACUGGUGGAAACCCGGAGGCAUUGACAAUGGGGUGCGUAGAAGAUUCCAGGGCCAGAUCCUGAUGCCCAACAUCGGCUAUGGGAGCAACAGGAAAACAAGGCACACGCUGCCCAGUGGCUGUCGGAAGUUUCCGGUCCUUAACGUCAAGGAGCUUCAAGUGCUGCUGAUGCGCAACAAGUCUUACUGUGCUGACUGCUCACAACGUCUCCCCGAAGACCCGCAGAGCCACUGCAGGAGAGCAGCCCAGCGGGCCCAGUCACCGAUCCCAAUGCCAAUCACCAGGCUGCGCAGCGAAGGAAGUGAAUAG